AUGGAAAGCAAGAAAAAAUCAUAUGGUCGCCUCAAGAUCUGUUGUCUUGUCUCUUCUCUUCUGUUGAUCAUAAUAAUUGUGGUUCUAGUUAUUCUUUUCUUCACCAUCUUUAAGCCUAAGGAACCACACAUAGCCAAUCGAUAUGUUACCCUGGAAAGGUACAAAGCAGCUUGGCCAGAGCUGUUUCUAAAUUUUACGUUGGGCAUAGGGGUCACAAUCGAUAACAAAAAUUAUGGAGGCUUCAAGUUCGAGAAUACUACUGCUUAUGUUAGUUAUCGGGGAAAUGUGAUAGGUCAAGCUCCAAUUGCUGCAGAUACAAUUUCAGCUCGAAGUAAGCAUGAUUUAAAUACUUCUGUCACCAUUUUUGCUGAUAAAUUGUUUCGUCAAGACGGUAAUUUCACCCAAGAUUUUCUUAGAGGGAUCGUGAAUAUUACUUCAGCUUCAACUUUGCAUGGAAAAGUGAGUGUGUUGAGUUUGUUCAAGGCAAAAGCUACCAGUUUAACCAUUUGUGAUAUCUCUAUUUUUAUCUUGCCACAGCAAGCUCUGUCUAUUUGCAAAUCCAAAGGUGGCGGUUAUGCGUCACUAGAUGAUAAGGAAAAAAGGAAUAAAAGAGAAAGGCGUGAACCAUCUAGGCUAAGUUUUCUCAUACACACAGAAACCCUACUUAUUUCUGAAUCUCAGAUUAUCAACUGA